AGGUUCCAAAAAGUAUGGGCAUCACCGGGCAUCACUCUUUUUACCAAAUUCUACACCCACUUAUUUAAUUGUGAAAAAAAAACUUGACUAAAUCGAGAGAAUUGGUAUUAGAAUUUGGAAUGCUUAAAAUUUAUUUGGCUGAGUGCCAAAGAAAGGGCGUCAGUCACCAAAAAUUAUGUUGCGCGGAAGGAGAUCUCUUAGUGAGAGUGAAUUUGCUCGACGAUGGAUAUCUCUAAUUCGCUUUACGCCGUAUCUCUGCCAAUUGCCAUUCGAAAGUUCUAUUUUUAGACCAAUUCACGUCUUGAGAAAAUUUGAUUAAAGAAUCUUCCCAAAAGUGCGUAAAGUGAUUAUCAGUGGAAAAAAUGGAAGAUUUUGAUCCAAAAUACACUGAAAAGUGCAGUAAAAUUACGGUUUUCUCUCUCGAAAAAGGAUUUUUUAGUGAAUUUCAUGAAAGUGUAAAAGAAUCUUGUGGUGAUGAUUGGAUUGAGAGAAAUUUUGCGAAAAUUUCUGGUGGAAAAGAAAAGUUGCGUGAGCUAUUGGAACAUGAUGCGAGUGCAGGACCAAUUCUAGGAACACUUGAGCACGUUACACCAAUUUUCAAAGGGAAAGACUUUUCUAAAGCAUUGAAGAAGCGUUUUGAAGGCGACAGAAAACUCCAAGAAGGAAACUUUCAAAGUGCCAGAAUCCUUCUUAGUCAGGCAAUCAUUAAAGCUCCGCAGGGAAAUGCGGAAAAUGAAAGGAAAUUUCUAGCCGAGACAAUUUGGAAACGCUCAGAGGCUCUAAUUGGAAUGGAAGAGGGUGAAAAAGCUCUCCAGGAUAUGAAAUAUGCCACAGAAAUGGGUUUACAAAUCAAACAGUCACCUGAGUACUUCUGGAGAAUGGCCAAAUGCUACAUUUACACCAAAGACUACAAAAGAGCCAGAGUAUCUCUCGGAUUGGCAGAAAAACUCAUAGGAAAUGAUACAAUUGUAGAAGAGAAAGUGAAAAAAGACAGGGAAGAACUAGAAAUGCUUGAAAAUUUGAAAACUCUUCACAAAAAAGAUUUUCUUGAUGAUCUCAAAGCCAGGAAAAAUGAACAAGAACAGCUCAAAGGACCAUCUGAAAAGUUAGAAAUCACAUCAACUUCUUCAAAAGGGAAGUUUUUUAUUGCUUCUCGGGACAUCAAUCCUGGGGAAGAUGUUAUUUGUGAGACACCAGUAGCAGCUUGUUUGCUUCCUGAAUUUUUUGGAAGUCACUGUUUGCACUGUCAAGUUCGCUUGGUAGCCCCAAUUGGAUGCCCGGAAUGCUGUUCUGUUGCAUUUUGCUCUCAGGAAUGCCAAAAAGUAGCUUGUUCUUCGUAUCAUCGCUUUGAGUGCAAAUAUUUGGAUCUUCUAAUUGGUUCUGGAAUGUCUGUUUUGAGUUUCGUGGCUCUGAGAUUAAUCACCGAAUCUGGAACGUAUGAGCAGGCGGUAGAGAGUAUAAAAAGUAUCUUGGACACUCUUUGUCGUCAUAGUGAGAUGCGUUCUGGAGAUGAUUAUCUCCAGCGUUGUCUCAUGUCCAUCUUUCUUCUGAGAAUCCUCCAGAAAAGUGGUUUUUUUGGCCGUAGAACCACUGAAAGUGUAGAACCUACUCCAAAAGAACUCCAUAUCGCUGAAAUUAUUCUCCAUCUCUUGGAAGCAUUGCAAUUUAAUGCACAUGAAAUCUAUGAGACUCUUCUUGGAUCCCAAAAUUCAAUUGUUGGCUCCAAGGUUGUCUACAUUGGAGUGGCUAUUUAUAAAAAAGCUUCCCUCUUCAAUCAUGACUGUUUUCCCGCUGUUGCACGAUACUUUUCCGGCAACAAACUCCGAUUAACUGCUCUGAGACCCAUUGCAGCAGGGAAUGCCGUCACUGAGAAUUAUGGACCGGUAUUUACAAAGCAGGAUGGGCGUCAGAGACAAAGAAAUCUUAGAUCUCGCUACUGGUUCCACUGUGAAUGCCUCAGUUGCCGGGAAAAUUGGCCAAAGCUUGAGGAAUUGUCCAAUAAAAGUAGAAUUAAUUGUCCUAGUUUCAAGUGUGAGAAGUUUUUCUCAUUUCCGGAUCAUCCAGAGAAGAAGAUUAAAUGCUCUCAGUGCAAAUCUCACAUAUCUCUAUUGCAUAAUGUCACCAGAGUCAAAGAAGCUGAAGAUUUAUAUAGAAAAGGAGCUGAAGCGAUGGAUAGAAAUGAGAUUUCUUCAGCGAUUGAUUUGUUCGAAGAAGGUAUUCAGACGUUUUUCUCUGUGGCUCUUCCGCCCCACAAAGACACCCACCUGGCUAUGGAAUCCGUCAGAGUAUGUUACUCCUUAUUGGGAAAUAUUUAUCGGAAGUAAGAACGCGUCUUAACAUUUUUUUUCUAUUUUGUAUAAAAAAUGAUACAUUUUUCAAUAUUUUUCGGCAAGAAUUUUAUUCUGGAUAGAAGAAAGAACAUAAAUUUAAAGCAUUUUAAAUUUUUUUGCAAAAUUGUAUUCGGUUAUACACUAACGGCCAAAACAUUAAAUACAUCCUUCGUAAGCUUAAAUACACGUGAUUUGGACCGGGAAAACGCAGUAAUAUCCAGUUCUAUUGACUGAAAUAGUUUCAUAUAAACUUAAGAACAGUUUUAAACAAGAUUUGAGAAAAUACAUGAGCUACAAAACUUAUAAUUUGAGGAUCAGUCAAAAAUUAGCUUUUUGGAAAAAAAAAUCAAAAGUAGUCCCACAUUCUAAAACUGAUCUAAUCUUUUAAUAAUCAUUUAAUAUAAGCUAAAUACUAUUAGUAAAUAUUAUAAAGAGUCAGAAAAACUGAAAAUAAUACCGAGGGAAUAUUUUUGGUACGGAUUGUGGUCGGUUUCCGGUGUGAUGUGUUCUGAAAGGGGUUUCUUCUUUGAAUAUUGAAAUUUUCAGCCCAAAUUCUACUUUUUCAUAUAUUUUUUUUUAUUAUUUUUCAAAUUUCUUCUUAUUAUUGUUGCAAUUUCAUUUCUUUUACUUCAUUAUUUUAUUAAAAUAAACAUGAAUAAAAUCA